CCUAAAGGGACGAUCGGCGCAUUGCAUAGACAUCGCGGGCCGGGUCAGCUAUUCGACUUCCUGUUCCUCUUCCGUUUACCACGAAGAGCUGUAGAUCACUGUGAGGUUAUGGUCCGCUUCUCGUGGUGGUGAUGAUGGCCUAAAGGUUGUGCAUCCAUCUUCGUGCGUGCUGAACUAUAUUCACUUGGUCUCCUCUUGCCAGUCCUCCCCUUAGAAGAUCGCACUCACCUAGAAACGAGCACACACAGCUCCAUUUGCCUCGAUCUUGCAUACAGCUGCAAUAGACCGGCCACUCUAUCGUUUGGCAUUCCAAUUUGAACUGUCCGGGCAACGCAUACGCCUCUCCCUUCCCCUUCACCAUGGGUCGUCUCUCGUUUGCUGUCGGGCCCAGCUUCCGGUUCUCGGGCUCGUUCAAAUCGCGCAUGGCACAGUUCCUUGGCUGGUUCAUGCAGCGACUGCCAUUCCUGUCGCAUUUCUGCAUCCUGCUGCUUGCGUUCAUCGGGCCGGUCAUGGCGCCGCGCAUGCUCGCGUUCGUUCUGCUCGUUACCCAGACCCUGGUCAGCGGCAGCCAGGUCCGUAGCGCCUGGGGCCUUCUCCAAUGCUGGUUCGGCGUCAGGGCGCACAGCAAUACCGACUGGGUUCUCUAUUGGCACGACCAGAAGGCCAAGCUCGUGCGCGACGGCAUCGCACACAGCGUUAUCCCCCACGAUUCCAUUCAGCACGUCAUCCUCAUCCCCGCAUACAAGGAAGAAAUGUCCACGCUUAAGGAUACCAUCGGUGUGCUCGCGUCCCACCCGCUUGCAUCGACUUCAUACCGCAUCUGCUUAGGCAUGGAGGAGCGUGAGGCGGGAGCAGUCAAGAAGGCUGAGACGCUCGUGCAAUUCUACCGCGCCCAGCACGUCUUUCUUGACAUUUGCUACUCGAUCCACCCGGGCACCAUCGUCGGCGAGUCGGCCGGCAAAUCGUCCAAUAUCAACUGGGCCGCUCGCUGGAUGGCCAAACGUGUGCCCGUCUCGCAGCAUGAGCGUUGCGUCGUCACGGUGAUGGACUCGGACACAUGCUUUGCGGCCGACUACUUCCUAGCUCUGGCAGUCAAGUACUCGCUGCUGACCAUCGCUAAGCGACGCUUCACAAUGUUCGUGCCCCCGAUCCUUUUUGACCGCAACGCACCAGACGUGCCCGUGUUCACGCGCCUUGCGGACAUCUUCUGGAGCUGUGCCGGAAUUGGCGGGAUCUACCCGGGCUCGUCCGUCAAGAUCCCCACGUCGGCCUACUCGGUCUCGCUCGAGCUGGUCAAGUUCUGCAACUUCUGGGAUACCGGCCCAGAGAGCAUCGGGGAGGACAUGCACUUUUACGUCAAGGCCAUGUUUGAGACCAAGGGCCACGUUAACUCCAUUACCAUCUACUCGCCCGCCAGUCAGUGCCACGUUGUUGGCGCACCCGCGCACAGCGCGUUCGCCAACUACGUAAGCGACAUGGCUGCGCGCUGGAGCCAGGCAGUGCGCCACAUGUGGGGCUCGCUUGACUUCGGCUACUGUUGGAAGCGCGUUUUGCUGCUGCAGUUCGGGCCUUCAGUCCGCCAACCGACGUACGUCGCGCUCGACAACGAUCAUGACGGCGACUUCAAAGCCGAGCGUGAACACGCGCAGGAGCUUGAGGACGCCGAGGCGGUCAAGUCGCUGUUCGAGGCUAAGCUCAAGGCCGCAGAGGCGGCGGGCGUCGUCCGUGCCGUCUCGCCCGCCGGCGAAUCGGUCAUCACCGAGUCAUCCGUCACGAGCGUCGACAUGUUCGGCGUGACGCGCGCUAAAAAGUUCACAUCCAUCGACUCCCCCGUAACGCCGCACCAUCUCGUCUCGCCCAUCAUCAUCGCGCCCUCUGCCAAGCUCGGCAUCGUGCAGCCGCCACUGGGUGGCGACGAUGACGACGACAACAUGUCCGACUUUGGUGCCGACGAGGACCGCGCCCUAUUCGACAGCGAAUUCCACAGUGCCAACGUUGACGACGAGAUCGAGACGCCGCUGUACGCCGCGGUGGGCGAGAAGAGCAUCCGCGUAUGGCCGUUCAUCAUCCUCAUGUCGCGCGUAUACGAGGCGCAUCUCCUGAUCGUCCACUUCUUUGCCAUCAUGGGCGUCCUGGCCUUUUACCCGUCUGCCAUGUUCUCAGACGGCAGCGUCCAGUUCGGCAAUCCAGCUGGGCAGUCACUUGCCUUGAUCCACUGCCUUCAGGCCUUUUUCAACAGCCCGAACAGCGUCUUGCCUGGCGCCGAACCUUUGCAAGGGAGUGAUCCGAAAGCGACGAUGGUCUGGGUCAUGCCUCCGGUGUUGCUCUGCGCCAAGCAGAUUGCCGGCAUUAUCGGCGCUAUCGGUGUCGUUUCGUCGAUCUUCAUGUUUGUCUUACACGACCUCUACCACCAUGCCUGCACCACCGAGCGCUGGCGCCAGUCAGAGAACGUACGCCAGAUCGUUCUGCGCGAGCGACAUCGACAGGGCGCCGUCACCAGCGCAGACAACCCGGCAGAUAUGCCUGCGCGGUACCUGGGCAUCCGCCCAAGCCAGACGUGCGAGCGCAAGUGGCCCAUCGCCCUACUCGACUUCGCUUCCUUCCCCGCCGCGAUCGUCUACGCCGCUGGGCCCCUGCUCUGGGCGCAGCUCAACCACCUCGCGACGAACAAGCUCACGUACACCGUCUCGGCCAAAGGGAAAGGUCUCGUCGUUAGCACUCGCCUUCCCGCUGGAGAGAGUGUACAGUUGCACGGGCGAAAAUGGUCUGUCGAACACCAUCGCAUCGCUUCUUCCAAACAGGAGCUCGCGGUUGCUGUGCCCCACCGCGAACGCGAGCACAUGGGCAUAGAAUACCUGCCCAAACCGGUCACGGCCAUUUGAGAGUUGGCAGUGCGUGCAUCUCGCACCUCGUCCUCUUCAAGCUCACACCCGACACUUCUUCGGCUAUCCUCACGCUGGAACGGCUGGAACCGCACCGCGAUGACGCUAUCCCCUGUUCGGAUACCACCGGUAAUCACAGGGUACAUCUCUCUCUAUGCGGUGCUCCAAACCUGGAAACGCACCAUUUUUUGCAUGCAUGUUCUGUCUUCUGCGCAAUACGAUCGGGGGUUAAUCACAGUAUUGCGGGGGGUUUAAAAUU